GCAAGGGCGUCACAAAGGUGCUCCUAGGGAUUACGGAAGGUGCAUGUUCAUAGUGAUUACAAAAGGCACAGGAACGUCAUCGGUACAAAUUUAAGUGAGAUAAACGGACAAGGGAGGAGAAACAUGAUAGGCUACUAGUCGUAGUAGGCUCAUAUAUGGAAUUAAGUGAAAGAUAUAAGGUUGAUCGAUAAAAUUAUAAAAAAAAACUAGAAGACGCAAAAACCAAAUAAAACCAGAAUAAGACAACUAAGCGAUCGAUUUUGAUGGAGAUUAAUAAACAAGUUGAAGAGAAACACAAUGUAGUUUAUGCGCAAGUGAAAGAAAUAUAUAAAUUAAACUCCCUAAAGAAAAACUAGAUAAAAAGCAAGUGAUCGACUUUGAGUGAUUGAUUCAGAUAAGGUCCAUGGAGGUGCUACCGUAAAAGAUAAAUUAAGGUGCAGUUACAAAUAUAUGAGAAUGAGAAUUAAAAAAUAAAGGGAUAAGUAAAAGUAAGAAAAAAAGUAGUAGUAUAUAUAUAGUAAUAGUAGUAGUAAAGAGGAAGAAGAGGAAGAAGUGUCAUUUGGUGUUGUUAUUGCAAGAGGAAGAAGAGGAAGAGGAGGAGGAGAAGAGGAAGAAGAUCGAGUCUCAUUAGAAGCCACAACGGUAUGACUCACUAAAGCCAGUAGUCUCCCUGAGUGACCUUGGAGCUCUGGUGACAGAUCUUUGGGUGUGGCUGAACCUCACACCCACACACACACACCUGGGAGGUGGGGCACAACCCCUGACUGACACCCAUCACCCUUUCACUUCCGGGUGGACAGGGGGCAUGGAUUAAAGGAGAUUGCCCAUCCGUCUCAACUGUAAUUGGGAAACAAACCCGUGACCACUCGUUUAUGAGCAUUAUGAAGGGAGGGAGCAGUGAAAACCAAACUACAGAUUCUCAGGAUGAAGUUGUUGAACGUGUCAAGGCCCGCUUGCAGGAGGAAGGGAGGGAGGCACGCAAUCUUGUGGCAUACUCCCUCCCAUUGCUGGACCCACCACAGACGGAGGGAGCCUUGCGACACAGAGAAGUCAAAAGGGUUGUGGAAAUGGUUCCAAGACGAGAGUUAAAGCAAGAUAAGCGGCCCAGGUCAGCAUCAGCAGGCCGGGACCCUCAAGCAAGUUUGCGAGCACGUCACUGGGGAUUCCUAUUUCGGAAUCUGCAACAGGCAGUCGAUGAAAUCUAUCAGACGUGUGAAGAUGAUGAGAGUAUUGUUGAGUGCAAGGAGGCCAUCCUCAUGCUGGAGCGAUACAGUAGUGACUUCCAGAAGCUCAUUGAAUGGUUAAAAUUGAAGUGGGAAUAUGAGCACACACCUCCACCGCAGAGACCAACAUCCCUUACAUGGGAGAUUCGCACCUCUUCACCUGGAAAGGCUUUUCAUCAGGAGCGACGGGCAGUAACACUGAGUGAGGCGAGAAGAGCUCUGACAUUUGAAUCAAAACUCGAACGCUCAUUUGUGGUGAACGGAACAGUGCACGAAAAGAAGGGAAGCGAACGAGUGAACAUGUCAAAAUCAGACGCUUCAAACAACGAAGCUAAAGAUUUACCUUGCCUAAUAUCACCACAGAAGCCUGUCAUAAUUGUGCAUCGAGCAGGGAUAGAUAAGAAACAGGAGGAAUGCCCACAGAAAACAACCAUUCCUAAAGAGAAUGACUUAAUACUUGAAGAGGUUCUGGAUGACUGUCUUGAGUUAAAAGAAGACUGUAAUAAAGAAAACAUAGACUCAAGUGGGAAUGGAAAUUUGCAGACAAUAAAGAAAAGUGACAAACAUGUCUCGGAGAAUGAAACUAAUAUUGAGAAUUUGAAAGAAGACAAUAAAACACAAAAUAAGGAAAUCAGCAGUAUCAUAAAACACGAGUUCCCUAGAGAUUGCACAACGGACAGCUCAUGUGAUAAGGAUAAGGUAACACGCGAUCACUGUGAAACAACAGACACAAAGAAAAUAACAGAUGUGACAGAGUCAAACGGGGAAACAAGUGCAAUUGCUGAAAAAAUUACAGAUUCUCAGAAACUGAAGGAAGUAACUCCUGUGAAAAAUGCUGCAAUUACCACGACGACCAAAACCAGAGACAGCGGCCUUGCAAAAACGAAGGAUAGUAUAGGCAAGGUGCAGAAAACGAAGGAGGCAGAAACCACCAGACCUCAUGACCCUGGAGACCCGCAUCAGUCCAGCACAGAGAGCACGCCGGGCAAGAGUCCAUCCCAGAAGCCAGGGCCAACGGUCUAUAUGAACAAGGCAUCUCAAGUCCGUCAAGCUUACAACCAGAACAAGACCCCUCAGAAACAUUCCCGGUCACUGGUUCUCAAUGGUCGGCAAUGGUCUGGCCCACGAUUCUUGGACUCCAGAAACAAUAUUUCAAAACAGCAGGCCCCAGGCAGUAAAUUAUCAUACCGGAGGAUGCCUGAAGGGAAAAACACCGCAAGUCCGCCAUUAGGUCGCAGAUCUGCGACUACUGAUACUGGUGGAAGUAGAAAUACAUUCGCAAAUGGACUUGUAAGAUCACAUUCAUCAUUACACUAUGGGAGAGGUUUGGGGAAUAGUUCAAGGACAACUUCCAGUUCAUCUCUGUCCAGCAACACAUCUUCCAGUGGCCAGUCGUGGGCAGACAAGGUUCGAGGAGCGCCACUCUCCCUAGAAAGUUCACAGCUCUCUCUUCAAGAUGACGGUGAGGGCUGGGAGGUGGUUCGCCGGGGCAGGAGGAGCCAUGGGGGCAGCACAGCCUCCCUCAACAGCAACCACUACAACCCCAAAGACGUCCGCAGUGGCAGCCUCAAGACGGACGGUCAUAGUUGUGAAAUGAAGAAACGUUUCCAUGCCCCAAGCACUGCCAUGUCCAUGCCUUCCUUGAUCAUCAGUGAAAACAAUGCCUCGGAUGAUGCCUCUAAAGAGAAAAGCUCUUCAUCUGGUCACUUCAAGCAGAACACAAAGAAGAGCAGUCUUGGUACGGGCACCCAGUCCUCCAAGAAAGUGGUCACUGAGAGUAUCUCUGCUCCUCUAGUUGACGGCGAGGCUAAUGUGAGGCAGCAGAAUUCCCACGUGUGGAAAAGGAUUGAACGGAGAAACAAAAAAGCUGAAAAAGGUGCUGAUGAAAUUACCAAAGAUAUUAGAUGUAAGGAAAGUAAUCUCGAUGUAUCUGUGAUAGAUUCGUCUGAUCAGAAGGGGGAGAGUAAAAACAAGGACAAGACCUGUGAUGAGACAGUGCCAGGAAGUGUAUUGGUUCACGAAAAAAACAGAGAUGAUAAGGAUGUGAAAAGUGAAUCAGCUGAGAACACUCAAGAGCAAGAAGAAGAGUGCUCUCUGAAAAACUUUUUAGAGAGUAAUAAUUUAGUGUGUAAUCAUAGGUGUGACCCAGCGAUACCAGAGAUUUCAGAGACCAGUGAUGCAGAAGAUGAUGAAAGCAAAGAAAAAAACAUAUCAAAAGCAGAACCAAAGAGCAGUUCAGUUCCGGGUACAGGGGAAGAAGAAACGGCUGAUUUAGACCAACAAGCUGACCCAGAAGUUCGGAAUUUUGACAAUGAGAGUCAGAUGGAUGAAGAGGAGCUUCUCAGCAAUGCUGCUGCAUUAGAGUCUGCAUUUGAAGAGGAGCAGCGCCUGAAGCAACAGAUAGAAGAAACAGAGAAGACAGAAAUUAAGGUGGAAGAUGUUGACUGUGAGGAAGAUGGCAGUGAUGCAUCUGAGUCCGCAGGCAGAGCAUUGUCUCCCCUUGCUCUGCCCUUUGACAAUCUCUUGUCCACCAUGAGUUGGGCUGACCAAGUUGAUGCAUUUGAAUCGCUUGAAGAAUUACGUCACCCAGGCCGUGUUUUGCACAUCCAUGAAAAGUUGUCAUCUCCGUCAAGGAAACGAUCCCUGUCAGAGAAAAUGAGACGACACGAAGAAAAGAUCGCUAAGGCUCAAGAACUUCGUGAAAACCUCAUGCUAGUGAAAACAGAGAAGCUGAAAGACUUGUUUAAGAAGAUUGAAGAGGUUCGUCAGGAUAAAGAGGGCUUGUUGGUGAAGAAGAGAGACUUGUUCCAACGCAAGAUGAAGCGCGCCGAGGAAAAGCGCAAACAGUACCUGCAGGAGAUCGUCAACAAGGCGCACGAUGAGGAAAACAAGGCUAAAGAAAUUGCCUUCAUUAAUGGUCUUGAGGCAAAAAACAAGUUGCACGAUAUAAUGCAACAACACCAAAGCCACGAGUCUCGUUUGGCAGACAUGGCUGAGGAGAGGACCAGACGCCAGGAAGAAAAGGCUGCCAAGGAAGUUGCAGCUCAAGAAAGACGCAAAGCACUAGAAGCGGAGAGGCAGGCAAGAAUGGCGGAACUUUGUGAGAAGCGGAGACAAAAAUGUGAACGCAUUGACCGGCAGCAAGCAGAGAGGCGGGAAGAACUCCUGGAACAGGCGCGAGAAAAAGCCAGGGACAGAGAGGAAAGACUCUCCGCCCUACAGCAGGCCCAGCAAGCCAAAGAAACUGAGUUGGUAAAGAAAAUCCAGCAAAAGCAAGAGGAAUCUGCACGGCGUCACGAGGAGAACAUUGAGCUCAUCCGACAGAGGGCUCUGGAGUCCUCCAUCUUGAAGUACUCCCGAGGCUGUGACGAGGCCCCAAAAUUAAUCAGAUAUGAAACCAAAAAGUUGUGUACCCUGUGCAACUCCCUGAUCACAAGCGAGGUGUACCUUCUGAGCCACCUGCGAGGCCGCCGCCACCAGGAGGCUCUGAGGGCCCUGCACCAGGCGGACGUUGUUUCCAGCGAGGACAGCGAGACCUACAACCUCAAGCACAUUGUGGAUGCCCCGGCAAACAUUGACGACCCACAGAUUACCAGAGAUAAAGAGCGACAUAAGGCUCUCAAGAGGAGGUGUCGGAAGAUCAGAACUCGCAUGGUGACCCGAGGAAAGGAGUUCAACAGUGCCUUCAAGCCGGUGACCCAGAGAGAGUCUCCAAAUAAAAUCCGCAUUAAUAAGUCUCUUCAGCAAAUUGCAAAACUGAUUGCCAACCAAGGCUCAGGACCAUGGUCAGCUGCUGACCUGACAGCCUUGGAUAGACCCCUCCUUGAAUUGAUUAGAAUAUUGGAAAAGAAAGAUAAGGCUGAUCAGGCAAUGUUCAGUGCAUUAUCUGGGUUUACAAAAAUAGAUUCUGUUCUGAAAACCAUAUUGGAGACCACUGAACAGAGACCCUGUGUUUUGCCAGCCAAGUCCCUCGGUUACAGUGGCAAAGUGCUUCUUGGAGGGUGUCGCGAUAACUAUGAAAACUGUCGGUACGUCCUCUACUCGAACUUAGUUGGCGUCAUGAUAGACUAUUUGAUUCAGCGCAUGAAUAGUCUUGUCAGUGAAGGUACACGAAUGGGCAGCAACAACAGCAUAAACGCUAUUGUGAACCUUCCUUCAGAUGCUGCAGCUGGGGCAGUUUUUGAGGUUUUGGCAGAGGUCAUUCAAGUUCUCUGUCAAGAAGACUUGCUCCCAGCAAUGAACACACAAGACCAAGCUGUGAAAGAUAAGGCUGAAGCUACUUGGCACAGGCUCCAGGAUGUGGUGAGUUACUGUGUGAGUGUCGGCCUCGUGGAUAAAGUGUCGUGGUACUUCAGUCAUGUACAAGGACCGUUGGACAAUGAAGCUGGUGUGGUAGAUGUCAUCCUGUCAGCAAUGAGGCUUAUUACUGCUCUUGCUAAAACUCUCAGUAUGCGGACAUUAACAGAAGAUCCCACCCAGCUAAUUGGAACCCUUCAUGUCACUGAUGCCUGUGGUGUGGUGAGUCUGCUGUAUGGGCUCCUGUUGCAUCAGGGCGGCCGCUCCGCCAUGCCCCAGGCUCCUCCCAAGCUCUCACAGACAGCCCAGGCACUCACCAUUGCUGCAACAAUGCUGCUGCACAGCUUGGCUCUACUUGAUCUGACUAUGUUCCAGGCUGUCCUGGGGGGUGAAGGAAUAUCCCUGGAGUUUCGACACAUUGCCAGUUUUCUUCUCUGGUACUGUUCAACGUGGCCUUGUGAGGAUAUACUCCACAAUAUCAUACCUCUGGUUGGCUUUUUUGCAAUAAACAACAAGGAAAAUCAGAUGGUAAUACAAAGUGGGGAGGUUCCCAGUGUGUUGCAGCAGCUGUGCAAUUUGCCUUGGCAGUACUUCAGUGAACCAAGUUUGACAGCUGUUCUCUUCCCAACACUGCUUGCUUGCUGCCUUAAUAAUGAUGAUAACAUGAUCAUUCUCCAGCAGGAAAUGAGCUUCCAGGUUCUUGAGGACUUCCUGCAGAACUGCCAGGCAGUGGAUAAGCCACUUGUCCAUAUACUGAAAAAUACUAAAUAGAAGAUAUUUCUGCAGAAUCUUUGGCAGAAUAUAUGUAACUUGUCCAUGCUCUGAGUGCUAAAUAGAAAUCAUUAAUGCUUAAUUUUUACAAAAAAUUGUAUCAUUAUUACUCACACCAUGUCUUCACAGCAAUGGCAGCAAUGAAAACAAUGUUCUGUAUAGUGGUUGUUAACAUUUUUGUAGUAAGCCAGAAGUCUCUAAUUUAAGUUAGGUGUCAGCAGUACUGUCUGAUCAGUAAUUAUGAAACAUGCUUUACAUUAUGAUAAAUAUUUAGUUCAUCCUUCACUACCGUACUCUCCUCACCAAAGUGAAUAACAUCUUUAUUAAAAUAAUAAUUCACUUCAUUAUGUAAUAACCUCGCCAAGAUGGUUUUCUAAGAGCUUUACAAUUUAUUCCAUUAAGUUUUUUGACAAGGCAGCCUCGUUAGCUGUGAUAUGGCUUAUCACUCUAAUAAAGUGUAAUAUAUAAUACUCAGGCAAAUAUAUAUUACCAAAUCUC